AUUUGGAAAAAUUUCAGUGGAUUUUUCUUGAGAUUUGCAAAUAAGGCGGGAGAUUUCAUCUCUUUCAUCUACACAGUAUUUCUGGAAUUACACCUGGAAGAUGACUGAUGAGCAGUACAUUGUGCCAAGGCGCAUUCAGAAGCGAUAUGAACAGAGAUUCCGCGACGCUUGGUUGGAGAAUCCUCUGCUGAAGGAUUGGCUAAGGGAUUGCUAUACACCUGAGGGAAUUCGUGAAGCCCGCUGUAUUUAUUGCAACAUUCGACUUUGCCCGCGUUUUAUUGACCUCUCCAAACAUGCAAUGACCAGGAAGCACAUGAAGAAUACACCACAUGAAGGCUCAUUGAUUGUGCAUUCUAGCGAUGUCGAAGAGAGUGAAGAUGCCGAGGGGCAGGGCGAAGUGGAAGAAUACGAGACUGAGGAAACUAAGAAUGAGAACAUUAUGUAUGAAGUUAUCCUUGAUCAUCCAAAUAAGGAGGAUACCGUGGAACAACAUACCCAAGAGGAAGCCACAAUAGAGCAACUCCACUUGGAAACAUCCGGAAAUUCCAGUACCAGCGUAGAGCCUCCACUGAAAAUCCUCAAAAUGGGCUUCAAGAGCAACAAUGGUGAUGAAGGUACAUCGCAGGUGCCCAAGGAUGUCUCUCCACCCACAACGGUGUUACGGAAAGUUAAGGCAACAUCCACAGAGCCAAAUAUUCUUCUGGAGAGAAAGAAGCUGGUGCUUCAGAUUAAGAAUGAAGAGCUCCGUGCCUACAAAAUGCAACUUGAAGCAUUCAAAAUGGAACGAGAAUUGGGAUUUGGUAGAUCAAUUUUCACAAAGAACCUCCCCACUAAAUCUUCCCUAUGAAUUUUCCUCAGAUUUUCUUAAUUUUCCUUGAAAUAAAAAGAAUCUUUAAAAAA